AUGCAACAGCUGAUUUUCUGGAGUUGCUCAGUUGUAUUUCGCUGUUCGACAACGACCCUGAAUGAAACGUAUACCGGAUGGAAGUCGUCGGAGGAGUUUCAGAUCCAGGAAUCAGGCCAUUUGCAAGUUGUAGUCCAAGACGGUCUAAAAUGCGGAUUCGAAUCACGCCUAGCAAGAUUCAAAGGCCCGUCCUCUCGUUUUAAAAAGCCCUUGGCCAAGAGUGCUAGCAGCCUUCCAAAGCAAUGUUGGUGA